CCCAGUAAUCGCAACGCAAUGAUCGGACGUCUCGCCAAAUUUGAACACUACAUAAAGCGGAACUAUCUGCUGAACAUGUUGAAAUGACACUCGGCAGAAAAUAACGCCGUGGAUUUGGACUGGCGCUCUCAGCAGUCAUGCCCACUCUACUAGUCACCAUUGUGUCAUAACUAUAGGCAUAUUAUAAUUAUAUUAAAUCCACCCAGAAGCAAUAGGCAACGUCCUAUCCCUGCAAUGCACCAGAUUGUGUGGAAAGGCGGGAUUCUCUCUGGAAGUAGCCUAGCAACCACCAACAAUUAACUGCAGUCGGCUUAGCAACGGACUGUCAGCCACCGUGCCCGGUGUGGCCUUAAGCUCAACGGAUGAGCGCCCCUGAAAAGGCAUCGUCAAUCCGGGGGAGAAAACCACUCGCAAUCGGAUUGUGUCCGUAGUUGCUUUGGUAAACAUUUGGGUGAAAGCUUCCCUCUGAAAGCUAGGUUGAGGGCUUUUGUGUUUUCCCCACACAGGUGUGUAGAGGUGACGCAUUCGCGAGUAUAGGCAAACUCUGCGGCGAGGCCAUUCUGCACUUGUAAGGGGGUCUUAGUAAAUAGACGAAGCUAUGGCAUCAGACGACGCAGAAUCAGUGAAAACACCGGGGAUGCUGCUGAACGAAGACAAUGCCGCGGGGAACAACAGGAUGACCGAGCCAUCUGCCACUAGACAGAGGGGUUCUCCUGAUAGUAUUCUCCAAAAGGAAUCUGUCCAGUUAGUUCCCCAGUCAACCGCUAUCCAGAAAACACCUGCCGUAUGUACAGCCACGGCCAAGUGGAAAUCCAAAUUGUCCAGCGCACAAGCUGGCGAUAUGCCUUCAUCGAGGGCGGGUACCCCGGGCCCAAUGGGAGAGGGAGGUGACAACACACACCCUCUGUCUCCCAGCACACUCGACAUGAAGGGAGACAUCACUAAGAAUGAGGGAUCCCCGUUGGUUGAGCCCUCCUCUCCCGGCCAUCAUGCCAACGGAUCUGCCGCUCAUCAUCACCUCGGGGAAGCGAACAAGAUGAUACGACCCUCCAUAUCCAUCACCGAGGCACCCCAGGUCGGGAGGCCGGGGAGUCGCAUCUCAGGCCGGGCCUCUGCCUCUUCGCUGUCCAUGCUGGCCACGGAGUCCGGUAAGCUUCUCCAGGCCAUACCACUAGCCACGGGAGGACCGUCCUGUCAGCAGCACGACAAUCAGCUCGCCACACUGAGGAUCAACAAUCAUUCCCUGCUGGCAGCGAUCCCGUACAUGCCUGUCGGAUUGGCCUACAUGUGUCUGCUUCUCAACAUCUUCGUACCUGGUCUAGGCACUCUGAUAGCCGGCUUCAGUCUGUUCUGCUGCAAGGCUGAACCUCAGCAGCACACCAAGAAAGAUGAAAUCAUCAACUCCUUCUGCACCAACGCGUGUGUGGCUGUCUCACAACUCUUCACAAUCCCUUUCCUGCUCGUUGGUUGGAUAUGGAGUGUCACCUGGGGCAUCUUUAUGGUAACAUUUGCGAUUGAGUACAGAAACUACAAGAGAAACGAAAAGAAGAUAUCCACAGCGAAGGCCGUCACCAAGGCGUUUAUGGGGCGAUGAGGCAGGAUGCAACACAAGAAGCUUUGUUUAUCGACUGUUGGACAUUUUGAUGAAUUAAAAGGCCGCAGUCUCAUUUGCAAUCUGUAAUUAGUUCUCUGUGGAAACAAAAACAAAUUGUCAACAAGCGCUCUAUGUAGGCCCCAAGCGAUGGAUAUUCAAAGUACAGUAGAUUUAUAAGCAAGACAAUUACUAAACAAUCCGUUAUUUGCAAUCGUGCGUAUGCAAACGACUGAAAUUAAAUGCAAUAGAACAUUUCCUUAGAGUCAAAUGUUUCUAGUGAAUUUAAUGCCGUUCGUCCUUACUAUUGUUCAGUUAGGCCUACACAUUAGCAUGUGGAACAUGGCGC